UUCUGCCGCUGCGCCCCAGUUACUUUCUGUUUUGUUUCUUGGGAAACGCAACAGUUUUUCCCCCAUUUUGGCGAAUCCGCUUUUUACUUUCACUUUCUGCCUCGUCCUCCUCGGAACCUUCCAGCAGAAAGCAGCACUAUUUAGGAGCCAUGGCCGGUAAUCUGAUUAUCCCUCUUCACGGGCCUUCUGUUCACAUUGUGAGGCAAUGUGGACCGGCCCUGGGCGACAUCCUCCACAGCAAAUUCAGAUGCACGGCCAUCAUUGAGGAGGUGGCUUCCGGAAGUGUUCCGUCCCUUGUGCCGCAGAAAACCGUUGUUUCAGAGAAGAGGUUUGCCGGCGUGCUGAGUGCAGGCAUCAAGUUAUCUGUGUGGAAGGACGAUCUUACAAAUGUCUGCGUGGAUGCCGUCGUGAAUGCUGCCAACGACAAGCUUCAACACUGGGGCGGCCUCGCUCGAGCUCUGUCCAGCAGGGGGGGUCCGCAGAUCCAACAGGACAGCAACGAUUACAUCAGACAGAAGGGGGAUCUGAAAACAGGAGAUGCAAUUGUCUGUGCUGCUGGCCUCCUACCAUGUAAGAAGAUAAUUCAUGCUGUGGGCCCUUCCUUAACAGCAAACCCAUCAAAGUAUGAAAUUUCAAAGGCUAAACCGCUGUUGCAGAAGGCCAUCAGGAGCAUUCUGGACAGAGUUAAAGAAAACCACCUGAAGACUGUCGCCAUUCCUGCUAUAAGCUCGGGACUGUUCAACUUCCCCCUGCCACUCUGUGCGGACACCAUAGUGUCAACUGUGAAAGAGUACUAUGAGAACUCCUAUAGACAACAUCUUCCUGAGGAGAUCCUCCUUGUGAACAACGACGACCCCACAGUAAAGGAAAUGGAAAGGGCCUGUUGUGAGCUACUUUCCCACAAAACGUACAGCGAGGGAGCAGGAGCAGGAGCGGCCAAAAGCUCCACUCCUACAGUCCAGUUUGGAAAUAUCCAACUGACACUGAAGUGGGGUCGAAUUGAGGAACAGGAGACGGACGUCAUCGUAAACAGCACAUCAUCAGACAGAAACUUGAGCUACGGUGUCGUCUCCAAAGCUUUAUUGAAGAAAGCAGGAACUGAAAUGCAAAGAGAGCUUCACAGAGCCAAGCCAAAAGGAAAAGUGAUCGUCACAAAAGGCUACUCCCUGAAAUGUAAAGAGGUUUUUCACACUCUUGGCAUUGCAGCCCAGGAGGUCCUUUUCAAGUCAGUCCUGGAUUGCCUAUCUAUCGCAGUCUCAAAUAAGCACAGGUCAAUUGCCUUCCCCGCCAUCGGCACAGGAGGCUACGGCCUCAGUAAAACACAAGUCGCCGAUGUCAUGACUGAUGCAGUGAAGGGGUUUGCCAAGAAGUCCCCUCAAACCUUUGAAGUUCACUUUGUCAUAUUUCCAUCGGAAGUAGACACAUAUAAGGCUUUUGAGACAGCGAUGAGAUCUUUCCAGCAAAAAGCCCCUGAUCCCGGCUUUACACAGGCAUUGGAGCACAGAGAUCACUUCCCUGUCAGCAAACCCGCCGCUCCACAGAUCAGCCUGCAUGGCAGUCCUGAGUCGAGGCUCGAGGCUGAACGAUGGCUCUGGUGCCUUUUCCGUUCCUCUCACCGCGUCACCAUCCGUAACAACUUCAUUCUUUGCUUUGGCGAGGAGGAAUAUCUGCAGCUGACCCGUCUGUCGACCAAAAAGACCAUCGACUUCAAGGAGUCCUUUGACAAAGGUCAUGCAGACAUAACGGUGAACGGGGAUUCACAUGAGGAAAUUGUCGUGGCCGCCUUGCAGGUGGAGGCCAUGCUCUGCAACAUCCAGAAAGAAUUUGUCCGAGAGGAAGAGCGCGCCAUGCUCCCCUUCUCCACCGAGAAGGUGACCUUUGAAAGAACGCCAGUUGAUAUUCGCGACGUUUUGUUCUCAGAAAGAGCAUCUGUUCUCAUAAAGGAGGGGCUGUGCAUGUUGAAGUUGGAGAAAGUGGAGAACCCGACGCUGAGGAAGAUGUUUGACGCCAAGAAACAACAGCUACAAUGUUCCACUCGAAACAUGUUUCAGUUUAUACCUUCACAGUUCUGCGAGAUGGUCAGCCAUAUUGGAUUCCAUGCAGAGUACGCACCACCUGCAGACCCAGCUUAUGGAGAGGGUAUCUACUUUGCUGGCACAGUGAGGAAAGCCAUGGAAGUGUGGAAGGAGCGCAAUGAGACGUACUUGUACCUUGUGGAGGCCGAGGUGCUGACAGGAAACUCCACCCCUGGCAGACCAGGUCUCAUUCUACCAGUUGUGGGGACACACCCACAAAUAUUCGACAGUGUGAGUGGAGGACCUGACCUCUCUGUCAUAUUCAGUGGUUACCAGGCUCUGCCCAAGUACAUCAUUACCUGUACGGUGGCCUGAGGAGCCAUUUCUCCACUCUUUCCUAUUACACAUUAAAGAAUCAGUCCCGUGUUAAUCUAAA